GAACUGCCCUCGUGACCCUGGCAACGGCGGCGGCCACGGGCUUGCUAGAGGAAGCGCCGCCCCUGCAGCCGCAGCCACGGCCACCGGGAGCUAGGAGUGAACCCCUGCGGGGGAGCAGCUUCCCCCUCGCGAUCGUGGGGACAGCCAGUCCUGUGAAACGAGGAGGCGGUUCCGGACGCCCAGAAACGCCCAGGGAGAACUGGAGCCAGGGGAAGAGGGGACAUGAGCGGCCAGCUGAGUCCAUCCCCAGGCGGCUAGGGGCGGACCCAGCAGCCCCUCAGCUCUCCUCGUAACCACGGAAUCUGAGAGAAUGGAGCCGAGUACCUGUAGGACCAUGGAAUCAGAGGAAGACUAUGUUGAGGAAAAGAAAUCUGAGAAGUGUGUUAAAGAGGGAGUUACCAACCCCUCUAACUCUUCACAGCAGGCUCUCUUAAAAGCUGACUAUAAGGCAUUAAAAAAUGGGGUUCCCUCACCCAUUAUGGCCACAAAAAUUCCGAAGAAAGUCAUAGCCCCAGUUGACACAGGCGACUUAGAAGCUGGGAGGAGGAAGAGAAGGCGGAAACGCAGGUCACUGGCCAUCAACCUGACCAACUGCAAGUAUGAGAGUGUGCGUCGGGCAGCCCAAAUGUGUGGCCUGAAGGAGGUGGGGGAGGAUGAAGAGUGGACUCUGUACUGGACAGACUGCGCUGUCUCACUGGAACGAGUCAUGGACAUGAAGAGGUUUCAGAAAAUCAACCACUUCCCUGGCAUGACAGAAAUCUGCCGCAAAGAUCUGCUGGCUCGGAACCUCAACCGCAUGUACAAACUCUAUCCCUCUGAGUACAACAUCUUCCCCCGCACCUGGUGCCUCCCCGCAGACUAUGGGGACUUCCAGUCCUACGGUCGUCAGCGAAAAGCCCACACAUAUAUCUGCAAGCCAGACAGUGGCUGUCAGGGACGUGGCAUCUUCAUUAUCCGAAAUCCCCGGGAGAUCAAGCCAGGAGAGCAUAUGAUCUGCCAGCAGUACAUCUCCAAGCCCUUCCUCAUUGAUGGCUUCAAGUUUGAUAUGCGAGUCUACGUCCUGAUCACAUCCUGUGACCCUCUCCGGAUCUUCAUAUAUGAGGAGGGCCUAGCCCGUUUUGCCACCACACCCUAUAUGGAGCCCAGCCAUAACAACCUGGACAAUGUCUGCAUGCACCUGACCAACUAUGCUAUCAACAAACACAAUGAGAAUUUUGUCCGGGAUGACGCUGUGGGCAGUAAGAGGAAGCUGUCGACACUCAACAUCUGGCUGCAAGAGCACAGCUACAACCCUGGAGAGCUGUGGGGGGACAUCGAGGACAUCAUCAUCAAAACCAUCAUCUCAGCCCAUUCUGUUCUACGCCACAACUACCGAACCUGUUUUCCCCAGUAUCUGAAUGGAGGUACAUGUGCCUGUUUUGAAAUCCUUGGUUUUGACAUCUUGCUGGACCACAAGUUGAAGCCCUGGCUGCUAGAGGUAAACCACUCUCCAAGCUUUACCACGGACUCAUGCCUUGAUCAAGAAGUAAAGGAUGCACUUCUCUGUGAUGCUAUGACCCUUGUCAACCUCCGGGGCUGUGACAAAAGGAAGGUGAUAGAGGAGGAUAAGCGGCGAGUCAAGGAACGGCUUUUCCAGUGCUACCGACAGCCACGAGAAUCUAGGAAAGAAAAAACUGAGUCAUUCCAUGUGGCAAUGCUGGACCAGGAACGAUAUGAGGAUUCUCACCUGGGAAAAUACCGGCGGAUCUACCCUGGGCCUGACACAGAGAAGUAUGCCCGCUUCUUCAAGCACAAUGGCUCCCUCUUCCAGGAGACUGCUGCUUCCAAGGCCAGAGAGGAGUGUGCCAGGCAGCAACUAGAGGAGAUCCGCCUUAAGCAGGAACAGCAGGAGACCUCGGGCACUAAGAGGCAAAAGGCCAAGGACCAGAACCAGGGUGAAUCAGCUGGGGAGAAAAGCCGACCCAGGGCAGGGCUCCGGAGCCUUUCCACCCGCUUGGCUUACAGGAACCGCAACUGGGAGAAAGAGCUGCUGCCGGGACAGCUGGACACCAUGAGGCCUCAAGAAAUUGUGGAAGAGGAGGAGCUGGAGCGGAUGAAGGCUCUGCUACAAAGGGAGACUCUCAUCCGAAGCCUGGGUAUCGUAGAGCAGCUCACCCGUCUGCAGCACCCUGGCCCCCAGGGCCAGAAAAAACUUCAUGAGAGUCGGCCCAAGAACUUCAACUGGACAGGAGAGCCGGCAGCCAUCAACUCCUGUUCAUUGUCAAUGAAGAAGGCUGGGAGGUGCUAUUUUUCCAGUGCCAGAAUCAGGCUCACUAGCCAAGGACAAGCCAGCAGAAGGCUAGAAGCCAUAAACCGAGUCCUGGCAGGAUCAGUGCCACCCACUUUAACCCCAAAGCAGGGCUAUUUUCUGCAACCGGAAAGAGUGGCAUCUGACUCAUGGACUGAAUGCACCUUGCCCUCCAUGGUAAACUCUGAACACAGAGCAGCCAAGGUUCCCCUCUGCCCUGCGUCUGCACCCAUGCUGCAGUGUUCCAGAGCACUCCUCAACAUCAAUCAGUUCAGGUGCGGCCCGGGGCUGGAGGCCAUCCAGGAGACAAUGAGCCCCCUUCCCAGAGAAGCCGAUUGCCCAAGGCACUGGGCUGUCGCCGUCAGAAGACUGCCGAGCGGAAGCCCUGCCCACCGAGGUGGCGGAGACAGGCAGGCCUGCGCAGCCGCUGGGGCGGAGGGACGGCUCUUGGAAACGGAAUCCGUACUUUAAUUAAAGUUUAUGCAGUUUUC